AUGGCUAGAAAGGCUUCAUCAGCAAGAAAAUCAGCAGUAACACCAGGAGGCAAAAUUUCAUCAUUAGGAAAAGUAACGACACCGUCAAAGAAGAAAAUUAGAACACAUACCGCACGUAAGGUAGUUGCAACACCUACUUCAGUCAAAAAGACUACAAAGUCAACCAGUUCUUCGAGCUUUGCAAACAAAGAACCAAUCAAAAUACAACGUUCAAAAAUAAGUAUAAGUCAACCAAAAGUAACACUCAAUCCUUCUCAAAAACUAACAAAGGGAGCACCAAAGAAAAAGUUGGUGUUAAAAGAAAUUAAAUUCCUUCAGCAAAAUGUAGGAACUGUGUUACAAAGAGCACCUCUGUUGAGACUUAUUAAGAAGAUUUUAAGGGAUGAAGAUAACUUUGAAACGUUUAGAUUGAGUAAGUUAGCAGCAGAUUGUAUUCAAGAAGGGGUUGAGAUGAUAAUGGUUUCAGUACUAGAAAUGGCAACUAUGUUAACAAGACAUGCUAAACGAAAAACUUUGUUUCCAUCAGAUCUUGAAUUAGUGAUGAAAUUUUACAAAAUGUUUACUGAUCUUAAAUAA